CCUCACCAGGUCCAGCUGCCGCAGCUCCAACACCUAUAGCCGUAGGAGCAUCCCCACUUGUAUGUAUGCCAGCCUGCCGACCAGCCUGUGAACCCUCAUGUAUUCAGAACGUUCUUCAACUGAUUCAAACCUCUAUCCCAGAAAGCAAACAAUGUAUUCUUAUCUGUAUGCCCCUAUGCGCUCAGGAGUGCAUUCAAGCAUAUACACCUACAGCCUCAACCCCUGCACCUCAACCCUCUUCAGCUGUGCCAGGUUUUUUGCCAACCACAGCACAACCACAGCCAUUGUCAUCGUCCACACCUCCACAACAACCCCAAUGUAUCCCUGUUUGUCAACCCUCUUGUGAACCUUCAUGCAUCAUGCAACAGAAUCAGAAUACAGUACAGCAAGCGCCUUCUUCAGCUCAGUGUGUUCCACAGUGUCAACCGCAAUGCUCUCAGCAAUGUAUUGAACAAGCUGUCCAACUAGUGGUUCAAAUUCAAACUGCUCCAUGUCUAUGUGAGCAGCAAUGUAUAAACGGUUGCCUACAACAUCAGCAAGAUAAAUCAGUUUGUGUUGGAGUUUGUGGCGAGGUCUGUGAAAAAGACUGUCAAUCAGCACAGCCAGUAAUCCAGACACAAUCGCAACAACCGCAAGUAUCUAUCAAUUUUGCUGCACCAGAAUGUAUGCCCAUUUGUGAGGAGUCUUGUAAUGGUCAAUGUGUUGAACGUUUACCACAGGAACAUUGUGGUAAUUUAUGUCAUACACAAUGUACGGCAGCCUGCUCUCAAGUAGGUCGUCCUUCCUUGGCUUAUUGAGU